GAGACCGAGUCUCCUCGUCUAAGGUAGUCUGAGUGGAGAAAGUAAUGAAGAUGGAAGGAGCUGAUGUUAAUGAAUUAUUGAGGAGAUUUAUGGAGUAGCGAAGUGAUAUCCGUUUACUCGUCUUGUCGAAACGAUAGAGGACAGCGAUACCAGGAAAUUGACAGAUAGCAUGACCGUAGAGGUGACUCCACUGCAGAUGAGGGAACAUGUUGGCUAUGGACCAAGGAGUGGUGGAGGAAUGGCUAUCAGAAUUUAAGACCCUCCCUGACAAUGCUGUGUCCAAUUAUGCCGCCUCACUGAAAGACAAAGCUGCCCUGGUCCCUGCACUCUACAAGGUCAUCCGAGAGAACUACAGCGAUUUGCUGGAGCCAGUGUGUCACCAGUUGUUUGAGUUUUACCGAAGCGGUGAGCCGCAGCUGCAGCGUUUCACGCUACAGUUCCUGCCAGAGCUCCUGUGGAGCCUCCUGUCCGUCAGCGCAGCCAGAGACCCUCACACGUCUGGCUGCAUCGAAGCCCUGCUGCUGGGCAUUUACAACCUGGAAAUAGUUGAUAAAGAUGGACAAAGUAAAGUAUUAUCUUUUACCGUUCCUUCCCUCUCCAAACCCUCAGUGUACCAUGAGCCUUCAGCCAUUGGCUCCAUUGCCCUCACAGAAGGGGCUCUAGCCAAUCACGGGCUGAGCAGGGUUGUGUACAGCGGACCACACCUCCAGAGAGAGACCUUUACCGCACAGAACAGAUUUGAGGUGCUGACCUUCCUGCUGCUGUGCUACAACGCUGCUCUCAGCUACAUGACCGCCAUCUCCCUCCAGUCCCUCUGCCAGCUCAGCUCCAGGGUGUGUAUAUGCGGUUACCCGAGGCAACAGAUACGGCGCUACAAAGGCAUUAGCACACGGCUGACAGUCACGUCAGAGUUCCUGGUUCAGCUCAUCACAGGGAUACACUACGCCUUGUGUAAUGGAGAGGUUGAACAGGGAUCCAAAGCACUCGAUGACGUUCUGUAUCGGGCCCAGCUAGAGUUGUUUCCUGAAGCUCUGUUGGUGGGUAAUGCCAUCAAGUCGUCACUGCAUGGCGCUGCACUGAAGAGCAACAACAAGGAGGGUGCACGGAGUAUCCAGGUGGAGAUCACACCCACCUCCUCCAGGAUCUCCCGAAAUGCUGUCACCUCCCUCUCUAUCAGGGGACACCGCUGGAAGAGACACGACGCAGUGGAUCUGGGUUCCCCGGAUGAGCUGAUGGAUAUUUCGGAGGUGGAUGAAGGGGUGUGGCCAGGCGGGGUUGGGCCAGACAUGACUCCACCCACCAUCACUAUUAGCAACAGUGUUACUACAUUGAAUCUCGGGGCCAAGGCCAUGAAGAAGUGUCGGCUAGGCGGGCGCUCUAACAAGGACAAGGAGGCGGGCGCUCUAACAACAGGCCGGGCCGCCAGCGAAAACGCAGAGCUGUCUUUCAAGCGACUGACACUCACUUCCAGCCAAUCAGUGCCCAAGGCAGGAGCUCUCACCAGCCUGACACGCACCGCCAGCGCCGUCUUCUCCCGCUCGUUCGAGCAGGUAGCCAGCGGCAUCGUCCCUCCCUCCAGCAACCACACCGCCUCUGAAGUUGGCCGCUAUUCAUGCAGCCUGCAGGAGGAUGGGCUGGGGUACUUGAGUCCGGUACCAAACCACACGCAGCGCUCUCCUAGCAUCAGCGUGCACCUUGGCUCUGACCUUUGAACCCUUUGUGACUCCUGACUACCUAAUCCCUCCCCUCUGAUCCUGUGACCCUGUACCUGUGACCAGGAACUCCAAGCCAUGCCAACUGCAACGGACCACAAACACAUGAACAAACACUCCCGCUUGUUCCCGCGUCACUCCAUUUUAACGUCUUUUGAUUCUCUGUGCUGUAAAGCAGUCUGCUGCCCUGCUCCUCUGCCCCAGCAGAGUCUCCUCUGGGCCUGGAGGAGACGGGAUGUCAGAGAUAUCACUUUCAGCUUCCCUGAUUUUUAGUAGUGCAAUGUUGCCGUGCAGUCGUGCCAGGACAAAACUGCACUCCGUCACAGAACAGCCUGUCUGUAAAUGGGUGCACUUAAAAACGUAUUACUAAAAAACUGUGGAAAAGUAUUUGGAAAGUAUUUUAAUCGGCAACCUGCAUGGCUUUUCCAUACGUCUAUCCUGACCUUGCCCAGGUUUGUCAGAGGGCUGAUGUUCAGUAUGUGUGAGCAUGCUUGAGUGUGUGUACUGUAUGUGUGUAUGUGCAAUUGUUUUUAGAAUAAAGGCUGCUGAUUGAUACAACGAACAAGAUAUGCUUCUCCAAGUUGAACAAAUGUUUAUACUAUUUUUUUCUUUUUUUAAUGAUAGAUCCCUUUCCAUAGCAAUACAAAGCUCCUAUUCAGUGUUUUCCAUCUUUUGGGAUGAUUACGCAAAACUUUCUUUAUUCACACUUGUUUUGUAAACAGUUACAGCUUUGCUCCUUUUUAAAGAUAUUCUGCAUCUAAAAUGUCAGAAAAAUGACCACUAAAUAAUCAACCAGUAUGAUAAAAAUCGCGUCUUUAUGUUUACAAUCGCACAGUAUUGCCAUCAUGAUGGAGAAGCAAUAUUUGUGUCUUUCCUUCUCGCUCCUCUAGCACCUUCCUGAAUAAUGAAUGAAUCUGAUAGCAAAACUAAAACUCCACCUUCUGACAAAUGACGAGGAUGAUUUGAAUUUUGGGGACAAUGGGAGUUUAUGAUCUGUGAAGUAUUACAUUUUGCACUUGAAAGAAUAACUUUGGUAUUUUCUUAUGAUGAACAAGAGAGGUUUGACUCAACUGGUAUGUUCCUGUGUGAGCUUUGUUGCACUGUAUGGAUUUCUACCACACAGACAUGAAGUCAACCUACCUGCACAGAGGUAAAAUAAUCUGAUAUCCCUGACUAAAGAUAUUUAAACUCGACCAAAACUGUAACUGAAAAUACUCCUGUGUGUUCUGCAGUAGGAAGGUGUGUGUGGGGGCAACACGGCUCCUCUUUUCUGAUCCACCCACCAUUCCAGCUGUUUGUAGUUCUUUGGUGAUGUGUUUCCUGUGUCCCUCCUUGUUCACAUCAUCAAGUCACAAGACAUGGUGAUAUUCUCUUGUACCAAUAAAGAAAUUAAACUCCACCCAUCUGCUACCUUUGAUGUCCUAAAUCGAGCUGCCCCACCCUCAAGCAAAUGUGUGUUCUGUUGUCUGUGUACGAGAGCUGUCGAGUGUCCAUAGCUUGGGGGGGGACAAUAACCAUCAUUGUGUUUCUGUACGUGGGUUUACAGAAUGUGAAUGGGUUUGCUCUUGUUGUACAUCAUACUGUUGUACUGAAGUUGGUUUAAAUUUGCCUUUCUAUGUCUGAAGAACUCACUGCGACAUCUUCUGGGAAUAAAGUGUUUCUAUAUUUCA